UGCCGUUCAAGCGAAGAAGACGUGGACCAAGAAGGAGAAUCGCCGCCGAGUAAAUAAACGACAAACAUUACCAGUUGCAAAGAAUUAUAGAAUUGUUUAGUUUAACCCGCGGUUGAACUAAAGCAACGGCUCAAAUCUGUGAGGUGAACCCUCCCAACUUGCCUCGCAGUGAGCGUCUAGGAUUUUAGCUAGCUUAGCUUAGCUUCUCACCGACGCAACGUCAGUUAGAAAAAGAAAUACACAAAAAAAAGAGAAAAGGAACAUGUCGGACGACUGCGAGUUCAGUGAAGAUGUGGGAAUCAUGAGGAUGGAGGAGGACGGGGUGGCGUACAGCGACGACCUCAUGACGGCCGCGGCGUCGGCCGACGGCCUGACUGGGGACGAGGCCGAGGGGGCAAAAAUCGACGCCAGUAAAAAUGAGGAGGAUGAAGGGAAGAUGUUUGUCGGCGGUCUCAGCUGGGACACGACCAAGAAGGACCUGAGAGACUACUUCUCCAAGUUCGGGGAGGUCAUCGACUGCAACCUGAAACUGGACCCCAUGACCGGCCGGUCCAGGGGAUUUGGCUUUGUGCUCUUCAAGGAGGUUGCAAGUGUUGACAAGGUUACCGCACAGAAGGAUCAUAAUCUCAAUGGGAAGGUGAUUGACCCCAAAAAAGCCAAGGCCAUGAAGAGCAAGGAGCCGGUUAAAAAGAUCUUUGUGGGCGGGCUCUCUCCGGACACUCCUGAGGCCAAAGUGAGAGAAUAUUUCGGCACCUUUGGAGAGGUGGAGGCCGUCGAGCUUCCCAUGGAGAGCAAGACCAACAGAAGGAGAGGCUUCUGCUUCAUCACGUUCAAGGAGGAGGAACCGGUGAAGAUCAUCAUGGAGAAGAAGUACCACAACGUCGGCCUGAGCAAGUGUGAAGUGAAGGUGGCCAUGUCCAAGGAGCAGUACCAGCACCAGCAGUACUGGGGAGGCAGAGGAGGGUACUCGCUCAGAUCUCGAGGAAGGGGAGGUGGUGCCGGUCCAAAUUGGAACCAGGGUUAUGGCAACUACUGGAAUCAAGGCUACAGCAACUACGGUGGUUACGGCAAUCAAGGCUACGGCGGAUACGGCAGCUACGAUUACUCUGGUUACAGCAACUAUUACGGAUACGGUGGCGACAGUACUGAGCCGGAUGGUUAUGGCAAGUCGCCACGGCGCCCCAUUCACAGCACCAGUUACAGACCCUACUAAAACUCAUCGGGUCGUCUCAAAGGACACAAGCAGCGGAGCUUCCUUGCAGGCCAUGAGCUGACUCCAGAUACUCUCAAGGCCCGCUCAAUGCGGACCGGGUACGAGACGCAUACGCUCUCGCUUGCUGCCGUUUGGUAUGGUCUCACAACAUCCUGUAUAUCAACUAAAAAUAAAAAGAAACAAAAAAAGGAAAACAUGGGAUACGAUGUUGCCGCUUUUUCAACCUUCCUUUACCCCGUUUUGGAGUUGUUUGAGAGUAUGUACAGUGGUGCCUUGAGAUGCGAGUGACCCGAUUUAAGUUUUUCAAAAUACGAACAGAAGAUCGUCUGAAUUUUUUAAUUAUUUUUAUUUUUAUUUUAACUGAAUUCACAAAAAGCAGCAGUUUAGCAGAUCGUAAACAAUUCUUCCAAAAAGAGGAUUCAAGCAGUUUAUGGGCACUCCCAGUUGAAGUUUAUUGUCAAACUAAACGUAAAACAACCACAUAGCUUAAGGUUUGGCUUAACAAGUCUGUUUAGCCUAACGGUAACAAACAAUGCAAAACACCAUAGUCAGGCUAACGAAUAGCAUCCAUGUGGACCCCUUUUUAUUCAGUUAAUUUUUGGGUGUUUUCUUUGAUUUAUUUUUUGGAGUGGGGGUAAGCAACCCCAAAAAUGCCUAUCGGUGAUCUAUCCCUGCUUAUUCAAGCCAUCCAUCCAUCCGUUUUCAACACCGCUUAUUCUGGUUAGGGUCACGGGGGGCUAAAGCCUACCCCACCUGACUGUGGGCGAAAGGCGCACUACACCUUGAACUGGUCGCCAGUCAGUCGCAGGGCACAUAUAGACACGGACAACCAUUCGCACUCACAUUCACACCGUCACUGAGUGGGAACUGAACCCACGCUACCCGCACCAAAGUCAGGCGAGUGUACCACUACACCAUCAGUGACUGCUUAUGCAUUUAUUUAUUUAUCUAUUUAUUUAUUUAUUUAUUGUUAUAAAAAAAAUUCCAGCACAAUUAUAAUGGCUGUCAAUUAUCCACGGAUUUUUGCUAUUGCUGUUUAAUUUUUAACUUUAUAUUUAAUUAUAUUAUUGUUUGUUUUUACUAAGUGCCAUAUAAAUAGUGCUAUUUUUUUAUUAGGAAAUUAAAUUUUUUUGUUUGUUUUUCGGGGCGGCUGGAACAGAAUAAUGGCGUUUCCAUUCAUUUCACUGGGGAAAGAUGAUUUGCUAUUUGUUUUGUGUUACGAACAUAGUCAAGGAAUGAUUUAAACUCGUAUCUCACGGCACCGCUGUAUGUGGUUAAAUUUACGUAAUUUUUUACAGGCCCCCACCACAAGUAAUGAUUAUUUUUAAAUAUUUGCUCUCCAAAGGAUACUACAGCAAUGCAGUUGUUAAUCUUUUUUGCACUCCUGAUGCUUUUGUCUCUUGUCCAUGAGCUAACAGCUUCUAUGGACGCCGCCGUUGUGUUGGGGGAUAACGUUUGCUUUGUUCGACAUGUCUUUUCCUCUGUUGUUACUACCUGUAACGUUUCUGUAAAAUACAAAAAUCUAAACAUAAAAUGUAAAAUGACAAGAUUUGCCACAUUUGCACAGAAUGUUUCCUUUUUUUAAUGACCAAUUUUUCUUCUAGUAGUCCUCAAGAUUGCUUUUGUAUUAACAUGUGUUAAUGUUAAUAUAUGUUUGGCACACGGGCUCAAGAUUGCUUUUGUAUUAACAUGUGUUAAUGUUAAUAUAUGUUUGGCACACGGGGGAUUCCUGAUAGGUUGUACUGUGCCCCGGGCAAGGGUGCGUGGUGGCUCUGACAUGUUGCCCGUCUUUUCUCAGGUGUCGCGGGGGGCGAGCGAGCGAGCGGACGGCGGCUGAUGGCGCUGGAGAGGACACGACGCUCUCGUGCUGAUUGUAAGAAAGAAAAAACAAAACUGAAGAGCCCACAUUUUUUUUCUUUAUUUUCCGGCGUGUUUCUUGGAGCUGACACCUUUUUUUUCCCCAGGGGUAUCUUUAUUUAGAGUUGUUCUAAUUCUAUUUUGGGGGGGGGGUUUGUGAAAGGUUUUGAUUAUUAAUAGUUAGACACACUUAUUUACAGUUGUAGACGCACAUAUUCUCUUUAUCAGACCUAUACAACGUUCAUAUAAACACACACAAUAUAUAUAUAUAUAUAUAUAUAUAUAUAUUCAAUGUAAGCGCGAUAAAACAAUAAAAUACUUGUUUGGA